AUGGAAAGGCAAUGUUGCAUUUUUUGUGCCUAGCAAAAAAUUGAUGUAGUACUAGACUACGCAUGUUUUGAAAAAAAUCACUAAAAACAAUAUAUAACACAAAGCUUUAAAAAUGAGCAUUUAUAAACAAUCAAAGUGAAUCGCCUAUUGGAAAGUAUUAGACUAAAAAACAAUUAGUUAACAAAGAUUGAUGUUGAUUUUUAGAAUGCCAGAUUUUAUCGCACUUUUCCAUCUCGAUUGCUGUAUACACUGUCAUAGUUAUUUUAGCUAUCAGAAUUGAAACUCAAUUUUGAACAAACUCCAGCUAAUUCUCUAAGCUCUUUUAAAAAAAUAAUCUAGACAUCUUUUACUCUUAAAAAUCUGUAUAUAAAUCUGUAAGAUACGCCCAUAUCCUUGAUAGAUUAUCAUUCGAUUUGUGAAACACUUUAAAAACUCCAAAAUAUAGAAGAAUUAUAGCUUUCAGUUAGCAAGAAUUUAAAAGAGAAGAGCAUUAUGCCUCUAGCAGAAGCUAUUAAAUAAAAUUAAAAUUUGAAAUACUUGGAUAUUGAUUUUUAAGAUAAUAUUAGUUCUUAGGAUGACAUGAACUAAUUUUUUUCUAACUUGAAGGAAUUAAGCAGCUUGAAUAAAAUUAGAAUUUGCAUUGAUAAAAGUAAUCAUUGUGUAUUAAAUGACGAAGGUGGCUUGUCUUGGAGAUGGCUUUUAAAAUCUUUGGGAGAAAAUUUAGAUGUGUUUGAAUUUUCUGCAUAAGAUACUGAAUGCCAAAUUGAGUUUUGGAUUAAUUUCUUUAGUGGAUUAAAAAAUAAUAGCAAUCUGAGAGUAUUUUCUUUGAAUGCCAACUUUAAAACUAGUAGGAAGCAUUCUUGUCUAGAAUUGUUUUUGCUGUAAGUUUUUGAAAACCUUUAGAAUAUAGAGUGCCUAAAUAUUUCUCUUGACAGUUUAAAUGUAUUGUUGAAACCUUUGUCCAUGAGCACUUUAAUGAAUAUAAAGCAUAGCAAAAUACAAUUAAAUUAAAAUUAAAUAAAUUUAGUGCCAUCCAAAUCUGAAUUAGACAUUCUUACUUUUUAAAAAUAAAAAAACUAAGAAAUAAUCUGCUUAUAUUUAGACUUUCUUACAAAUAAUUUUUUUAUAAAUGAUAUUAAAUUUCUUGACAGCGAUGCUUACCAAUCUUUUUUUGAUAUAGUUAAAUUCGAAAAUUAAAAAUUAGCACUUUAAAUAACCUGUUUCAAUAAAUACAUUUCCUAGAAUAUUCCUUUCCACAGUCGACUUAUUUUUUGGGAUUUGUAUUUCUGA